AUAUUCCCCUGCCUUCUCAACGAAGUGUUGCAAUCAAUUCUCUUUCAAGGCUGCAGAUUCGAUUGUCACUACUUAUUUAGCUCCUUAUAUAUAGCGCCCGACCAUCAUGGGCUUGAGAUCACUGGGUACCCUUUCCAUUCUCUUCUCGACGGGGCUGGCCCUGUCGAAGACGCAGAAUCAUUGCCCAGAAACGUCCGUUGCGGGUAUACCCGGUUGUUGGGGAACUUCAGGAUGUGCUCAUGUCAUUGCGAAAAACCUCGGGGGCGGAGCGAUGUGCAAGUUCGAUUAUUGCAAUUGCGGUGGUGUCCCCGUGCCACUAUUGCCUACAAUCAGGGACGGAACGUCCACGGUUGGCUGCAACUAUCCCACUCAACCUGCAUCAGCCAAUUGUCCAACUGGAACUGAACCAGGCCCCAUACCUACCGGAUAUGGCGGCUACCCUACCGGUGGAGGCAGCCCUCCUCCUGCUUCCGCACCUUCGGGUGCCACAAUCAUUACUGGAACAUUGGAAGGCGGCUCGACGGUCACACGGACAUUCGUACCAAUUACAUAUACCGAACAUGCCACCCUGACAGUUAUCUCGACAGUUGUUACCACUCUGACAAAGACCGUGUCAACAAUCACUGAUGGUCAAACUUCGACCACUGUCGUGCCACUUCCAACGCCUGUCACUUCCACCAUAACGGUUGGGCCAGCGGGAGUCGCCUGGGUUCCUUUCAGUACUUCCUCUGGUGACCUUCCGUUGCCGCCUCCGACGGUUCUGCCGGGUGGUAUUGCUACUGUUGGUCCGUCAAACACCAAUGGCGCUCCCACCCCGCCUGCUGGUUCCACGAAUACAAACGGGGCUCCUCCUGGAGCCUCGACAGCCACCGAUGGGGCUCCUGUUCCUCCUCCAGCCUCCACAGGCACCGAUGUGGCUCCUCUUCCUCCUCCAGUCUCCACAGGUACAGACGGAGGUCCUCCUCCUCCUCCAGUGUCAACAGCCACAGGUGGAGCAGCACCACCACCACCACCACCACCUCCUCCUCCUCCUCCUCCUCCUCCUCCAGUCUCCACAGGUACAGGCGGAGUUCCUUUUCCUCUUCCAAAUUCUACGGCCACUGAUGGGGCUCCUCUUCCUCCUCCAGUCUCCACAGGUACAGAUGGAGGGCCUCCUCCUCCUCCAGUGUCAACAGGCACCGAUGGGGCUCCUCUUCCUCCUCCAGACUCCACAGCCACCGAUGGGGCUCCUGUUCCUCCUCCAGCCUCCACAGGUACAGGCGGAGGUCCUCCUCCUCCUCCUCCAGUCUCCACGGGUACAGGCGGAGGUCUUCCUUCUCCUCCUCCAGUCUCCACAGGUACAGACGGAAGUCCUCCUCUUCCUCCAGUCUCCACAGGUACAGACGGAGGUCCCCCUCCUCCUCCAGUGUCCACAGCCACCGAUGGAGCACCUCCUCCACCGGUGUCGACAGCUACAGAUGGGGCACCACCACCUCCGGAACCCACGAAUACGGAUCAAGCGCCCAAUACGCCUCCACCUCCUCCCCCACCACCGGAGACUAAGAGUGAUGACGCACCUCUGCCAGUCAUUACCGUGUUUGAUGUAUCGGUGUUGACCCUUCCAUCGGUCGAUCCCAGUAUAUCAGAAGAUACAGCAAUCUCUACGAGUGACGGAAGUCAUCCCCCAGGUCUGUACCCGUUCAUUCAUGGAGGUCCUAAAUGCUUCUUCUGUCCGCCUGGCAUCGGCGGUGGAGGUAUCGUUCUGUGGGGUAUGAACAAACCUGGUAUCUAUCCACCCCCAGUACCUCCACCAGUCCCCAAUGUACCAUGGCCUACCAUCACCAUUGGCCCUGGCAAUACGCCGACCCCAGGUCCGAAGCCAGGGGAGGAGAAUCCGCCAGAAUCGAAGCAAACGGAUAAAACCGAAUCGUGCACCACUACCACAGCGUCGUCUUGCGCCGUCUCUUGCACAACGCCUUCCGGGCAAUCCACCGAAUCGUGCACCACCACCACGUGCAAGACGACUACCGGCUGCAGCGUGACUAACACCGCGUCUACUACGACCAAGAAAGGCGACUGCUCCCCUACGAACUGGGCUAAUCUCCAAGGUGGAUCCGGGGAUUCUGAAGGAAAGGACCAUGGCGAGGAGGGACCGGAUCCUUCUUACGGUGGCUCAGUUCCGGCUUGGGUGACAGCAUGGCCCUCAGAAACAGGUCAUCCAGAAACAGCAGCGCCUACAAUCACUGAUGGCCCUCGACCUUUCUGUCAGCCUUUCCAGAAUCCAAGCAAAGGCGAAUCGUAUUGCACUUGUGAAGAUGGAAAAUCCCGCAGCUUCACGAACGACAAUGCAGGCUGUCCCCAGACAUCAACAGACGGCGGAAUUAUCCCAGAGCCAUCGGCAGAACAACCAAAAACCGCUAGCAAUGGUAACGUCUGGAACAGUACGGAUAUUGUCUCUGGCACCAUCUGGGGAUGCAAGGCCACGGAGGUCGUGCAUGGCCUUGCUCCGCUUCCCAUUACCAAAUGCUUGUCGAGCAGCAGCGUUGGAAUGGCCUUCACUCCGACACCUGAACCUCAACCUCAACCUCCGGCACCAUCGCCACCACCUCCUCCCCAGCCAACGGGCUCCGAACAGGAUUGUUAUGACUGCUCUGAUGAUAUGGGAGCCUCUUCCUGUCCCGCGAACGACCCAAUCUGCCUAGUCCAAGAGUGUGAGCAAAACCAGAAAUGCAAUGCCUGUGGAAUCGAUUGUUCAGUCUUUGGCGGCGGUACACUCGAACGCAGAGAUAGUAUGCUUUCUGUUCGAGCCAUUACUCGCGCCCUUCCGACAUCAAUAUCCAGUAAGCUAUCUCGCCGCCAAGAAAUACAAGAAUCGCAACUCGCACCCAUUAACCUUGGCCAACGUCGUCGUUCGUUACACAAGCGCGUUGAACACAAAGCCGCAUGGAAGAAGUAUGCACCCAAGGGAUUGAGAUAUUACAAGAUGCUCGUGGAAAAGGGGAUGGAAGACGCUCCAGACCCCAAGAUGUGUGAACUUGACGACUACUUCAGUGUCACGAAAAAGGAUUCGAAGCUUCCUCGCUCAAAGAAAGCACUACUAGAGAAAGUUGGCCUCACGGCCGGGGACUCAUAUAUGGCGGUCACCGCCGUCGGUCCUAAACCGGGUAAGGCCAAGAACGGCGAAGCAGACAACGUUGCCGACUUCUCCAAUACGAUUCACGCGGGACAAGGCGUCUUCUUCGCCAAUGCAAAUGACCGCGGCGUUAAGAAAGGCACCCCUACUCCCUACCAGAUGAGCACUGUUGCGUGGUGGCAAUGGAAGCAUGUCGUCAUGGCUGGUCAAGACCCAAAUACUAAGGAGGAAGACACAGACUUCUCCAAUUUCAAGUACUUCUUCCGAGUCAAUAUCGACAAUGAGGAAACCGUGGAGAUUCUGGAGGAGGCUUUGGGGACGAGCGAUGAACCGAAGGAUUUUACGCCUGAGGACGAGACACAAGAUAACGCGUUUUGGCCGCUGUUGGGAAGCCCGAAUGGUAAUGGUAUUGCUUGGUUCCUUGCUGAUCAUAAGAAGUCGUUGCGGGGAAAAGGAAUUGAGAAGAUUACUGCGUGGCGGAAUGGGGACAGUUGGAACUUUUGGGCCACUUGCAAAUAGUCAGAUUUUGUUGCGAAUUGUUAAGUAUCCGGUUUCAGGCCACGUUUCUUAGAACUUAUCGAUUGGUAUCAGGAAGUCUUAGCGCUUUUAAUGUUAUACUUUAGCGCAGUUAUACG